UAUACCGCCAUCAGCCCAUCACACCGGCCCCAUCAAGAGUCAAGACCAAACAAACUGUCAAACCAACCAGACAACACAACACGCCUCGAGCCACUCAACAAAACACCCGCUCAGCCACAGCGACGGGCCGACGACCGACCGACGCCGACGCCGCCGCACCCGGGGCCGAGACCGAGAGGGAAAGAAGGGAACUAGCCAAGACAACAGGUGGAGCUCGCCGCCGGGCCCCGCGCUACCGGCCGCGGCCCUCGGCCCUCGGCCGCCCCAUGGGGGGAAGCCUGGUGUCCAUGCUCCGGUGGCCGCCGGACCUGGGCCUGCCCAGCCUGGCCGCGCUGCUCCCCUCGCCGCCCGCGCACCUCCGGCUCCGGGUCCAGGAGUGGUGGCAGUGGCAGUGGUGGAGCCCCGAGCAGCUCGGAGCGGCGGCGGCGCGGCGGUGGCCAGAGCUGGUGCGGGACGUGCCGCUCCUGGUGGACUCCGCGCUCUGGGGCGUCGUCACGGCCGUCGAGUCCGUCGCGCUCGUCUCCAUGAUGUGCUGCUUCUUCCUCUGCUGCGGCUGCACGCUCUGAGAGGCGAGCUCCGGUGAGCUUCGAGGCGCGAGUGCGACGAAGCUGCCGCCAGUAUGAAAUGGUUCCUCUGUGCGAUUUCUUCGUUUUUACUGCUUGUGAUUGUGUUGAAUUAGCUUUGCUAGGUAUGAAUGGAUUAGCUAUGUUACUGCAAUGGUAAUGGUAACUAGGAUGUGUUUGUGAUUGGAUUUGACUGUCGGUUGUGCGCCAUUUGGGAUCUAUGACUACGAGCAGAAUGCGCUACUGUAUCAA